AGCCGCACAGCGAGGAGUCGGGGGGAAGGCGUCCUGUCGUCGGGGGAGAAUGACGGAGCAGAAGAGCUUUUCAGAGGUGAUCAGCCAGAUCCUGGAGGAGGCUCCAGCGGCCAGGAAGGGUCUGGUGGACAACCACAGUAACCUGCUGCGAGUGGCCGAGUACUGCGAGAACAACUAUCUGCAGGCAGAGGAUUCCACCAAGGCUGUUGACGAGGCCAAGGCGCUGGCGGCCCAGGCGCUGGCCAGCGUGACCUACCAGAUCAAUAGCCUGGCCGGCACCCUGCUGAGGCUGCUGGACUCCCAGAGCCUGCAGAUCAGCGACAUGGAGUCCUCUGUCAACCUGCUGUCGGUGGCUGCUGCCAUCCACUUCGAGAAGGUGGCCCGGAGAGAAAUCGGCUCGUUCACCACCCCCAAAAAGAAGACUCGCACCAAACCACUGACGGCUCCGGCUUCGGGCAAGGAGCCGGAGAGAGGAUACUCUCGGGCGCCGAUAUCCUACUCCGCCCUGGACUCCAUCGGACACUGCUUUCAGGUCACCGAGGAGCCGCCGCCGCCGCCGAGGAAGAGGGCGGAGACCGCCGAGAGCAUCCGGAGCGCUGCAGACAUAUCCUGCUUUGGCAUCGCUGUGCCUCCGCCCUCAGUCCCCACCCUCCAAAGCGCCGGCGACCUGCCCGACCCUCCGCCUCCCUCUUCGACCGGUUCGGACCCCAACCUGCCCCCGCCACCACCCCCUCCCUCUAUGGACAGCAGCCUCCCUCCUCCACCCUCCUUCCCCUCGCCCACCGACUUCCCAUCACCUCCACCUCCACCCAGCGGUACCUACCAGCCCGCUCCGCCUCCACCACCUCUACCAGGGUCGGGUGCUGUCCCCCCUCCUCCUCCACCUCCUCCUUUGGCCGGCGGUGCCCCUCCUCCUCCACCACCCCCACCUCCUCCAGGAUCAGGAGCUGUACCACCUCCCCCACCACCCCCACCCCCACCAGGAUCAGGAGCUGUACCACCUCCCCCACCACCCCCACCUUUAAUGCAGUGACACCAGCACACGUCGGACUGUGAUCAGGUUUUCUGGUCCGUCCGUGAAGAAGCUGAAUGAAAGGCGGUUGAAGGUCCGGAUCGGUUCGGCCUGGGCUGGUUUUGAGUUGCGGGUCGCGGAGGAAGACGUCUCCCGGGCAGAAACCCGGCGGAGGAAUUCUUCAGGCGUGUUUUGACAGCGCCUCGGCUGCAUUCCUGAAAACGUGCUGAAACAGAGAGCGUCCUGAACCCGAGGCGUGCUCCUGUUUCUCCUCAGAUGUCAUUUCACGGCUCCACUGUUGCUAAUCUCUCAGUGUCGCCAUAUAACAGGCGGCGGCGGCGGCCUUUCACCCGACCCCGCCGCCAUCGCUCUGCCCUGCCACAUCUCUCGACUUGUUUAUGUCCCCGGCUGAAACCCGAGCUCAUUCCAAAUGGUUUCAAUCCACCUGUACUCCGGUUUGUGUUUGAUUUCAUUGAGCAAGGUCCCAAAAAUAGAAAGUCGAUUGAUCCAUUCUGACCUUAUAAGGCUCUUUCUUUGCCUCCAUGUCACUCAGAUCAGAAUCUCAGUCGAAACUACUCCGACUGCAGAUCUUGACCUCUGAACUGCACUCCGUUCUGUAUCAAUCCUCUGUGUUUACUGAAUAAAACUGGACUGAAA